UCCGAAUUUUUACGGAUCCAGAUGCAUAAGGCACCGACUGAUGCAAUCACGACAUUAGUUACAAAGAGAACUAAGAAGUUUGUCGAAAUACAUUUUAGGAAUUUCCAUCAUGAAAUAAUUAAAAGUGUGCAAGGUGAAACAAAUGCUGAAUGUGGCAAGUGCACUUUGAGACAACUGUUGGAUAGGUCGUUUACUUGUCCAAAACUGAUAUGUGACAAAAUCAGGGACCACAUCAAGUUAAGCCAUAGACAUACCAAUCCCUCAUGGUCAAACACAACACCGCCAAACUGGUGUUAUAGUCAUUGGGAGAUAGCGAAGUGUUUUCUGCCCGCAUCCGAUACCAAUGCCCGGACGACCAGCGCAGAGGAUGUAAAUUUAUUGGAGCUGAUCGAUUGUGUUUGCAAUUGCAAGUAUUUUGAUCGUUUGAAGGGAAAAUCAACAGCCAGUGAAACUGUGCCUAUUCAGUUGCGAGAUAUUCUUAUUCAAAAGAAGACAGAAAAGACUUUGCUCGAUUCGGAGGAAAAUUAUCUACGGUAUCAGAAAACACUCGAAGAAUUCUUAACUGUAAUAACGCCACACACACAACAACACACUCUGCCUGAGCUGAUACAAUUUGCAAAACAAUAUCCAAAAUUGAGUCGGUCACUUUCUACACAAUCAAGUGAUGACUUCAAGGAUUUCAUCAAGACUGGAAAGACGUACGAUUCGAUAGAAUGUGUUCUUCCGAAACCCAUUUAUAGACGACAAAACUCCGAUGAAGAUGCGCCUAUUGCAUCGACGUCUAUUGAAUUACCAAGAACAAGCAUUUCGUUACCCGCGGUUGAAAACAUAGAUAUAACGGAAGGCGUUCGUCGUCAGAAACGGCAUCUACCAGUCGCAUUUCCUACCAACAGACACAGGGAAAAACAAAGCCAAGAAUGGCUUGAUAUCCUUUAUGAAGGAAAUCGUAACGCUUUUCAAAAAGAAUGCAGCCAUAUUUGUCAAGAUAUAAAAUCGUCUAGUCCGAAUAUACUCGAUGUUUACUCAGCAUUUUUUGAUCGUCCAGACAAAUCAAGACAAAUAACAUUUGUUGCCACUGUCAGUAAGGAUCAAGAAAAUGAUAUUACUUAUUCUAAUCACAACAUCGUAACGAAGGUUAUGAACCGAUAUGAAGCUGAAGGAAAGAUAGUAGCUAACUCAGAAAUCACAAGACGAAAUCGUCUAUCUCCCGGUGAUCAAUCUAAAUUGAAACAACAUCUAUCCGAACUGUCACCACGGCUUAUGCAAAAGCAUAAAUACCUAAACAUGAUAACUGCAAGUGGUGUAAGAUCAAAAGGUUUUGGAAAAUCUCACACAAUUGAUCCAGAGGUAUGCAUUGUCCUGUAUGUUCACGCCAAAGGGUACAUUCCAAUAGACGAGAUGGCAUUUGAAAGAAAUUAUUAUGACAUACCUGUCGACGUGAGAGAAGGAGGAUUUUGGCGCUUUAAUGAAACCGUUCGUAUUGGCGAUGCCAUCUUCCGUGAAGGCGUCGGUUUGGCAGGAAGUUUGGGCGGGUUUUUUGAACAUCCUUCGCUUGGACUUUGUGGAAUAACUUCAGCACACUUUGUACUCAAACCAGAUGAACUAAAAAAGUGCAUGAAAGAUGGACGUUUUCCUGCAAACAAAGAGGGUGAAAUAUAUCAAAUUAAAACAUGCAAUGAUUUUUUCAAUAUUGGCCAUCUAGUAAUGGCAUUUUAUGCCGAAGGAAAUGACCAAGAUGCAGGUGUGGAACUUGCCGUUUUUGUCAUUGAUAGUAGUUUGUCAUCCGAACAGGUAUCUGUGUCUUUUGAAGGAAUAAAUCGCCAAGGUCAACCAGCUACAUUUUCAUUUGAAACAGGAAAAUCACUAGGAAGUGCAUACUUUUACCCAGACUAUCAUUGUUGCAAAUAUGGAAGCGCGACAUCCUUUACUUCUGGUAAAAUCAAUAGUGACUUUGAUAACGAUGGCUUUCUAAGCAUUAAGGAAAGGAAAAUUGACGAGUUAAAACCUUUCGUUUUACAUAAACAGUACGAAAUCAACGCUUUUUCGAAGGACAAGCCUUUUGCAAAUUUCGGUGAUUCUGGAGCUUUUGUUUAUUGUUGGCGUUCGACGGACGAUUUGGUAUGCGUUGGAAUGAUAGUUGGUGGUACAUCAGAUGGCAAGACUGUUGUCACUCCUAUAAACUCAAUUUUGAAAACGCUCGGCGUUCCAAAAUUAAAGAAUUUCAGGAAAAUAAAAAGCGAGCAGUUGCUUAAACAAUUAGAUGCUAAAGUUGACCAACUUGAGUCGAAAGUUGACAAUAUGCAGUCUGGUAUAAAUGAGAUUUUGCAUCAUUUAAAUUCAAGGUCCACGAGUGGACCAACUGACUGUUGAGAAAAAAAACACAACACAACUUGACGCUUUAAGCGAAGCAAACACAUAACACUAUAUUUUGGGUGUUCUGAAACACAAUGCAGUUCCUAUCUUAUUAUACAUGUAUGCCUUCCAAUUUUAUCAGAAACUAGGCCAUUGACAUGUAGGCGGCUUAUUUAUGUCUUAUGCACUUGCUUUGUAUUGAGAAUGAUGUUUAUUACAAAUUAUAUAUUGAAACAUUCUGGAACAGUGUGGAUACUUGAAGAAAGUUAUAGAAUAGUAUGGAAACUUCUGGAAUGUUUGUUACUUAUCAAGUAUAUUCUAGAAGAAGAUUAUUCUAGACAGAUCUUUGACUAUAUAUAUAUAUAUAUAUAUAUAAGGUAUAGCAGAGUAAGAGGGGAAUCUUAGGUUAUCUUUUGUGACAUUCAUAAAUUUUUAGAUACAUAUUUACAUUUGGAUUAUUCAUUGGGGAGUUUACUGUGUGGACUAUCUAAAUUAUAAGUGCUCAAAAACAUGUAGCUUUUUGGACUUUAAAAUUGGAAAAAGAAAAUAAACCAGAUUGGAAAUAUCUAAUCUAUUUAAAAGUGUAAAACAGAUAUUUAAAUUGUAUUUCAACAUUUUUACUUUAA